AGUGAGCAGGAGCAGUGAGGAAGAAGUGCUGCUGAGGCUCCACAACACGGAAGGAUUUGUUGUAGUCUUUGUGAUCAAUAUGAGACAAUGGUAACACAGAACUACAAGUCACUCAGCCGGAUAGGGAAAUGGUCGCCUCACCACUUCACCAGCACCAGCUACAGCCCUGACCACAUGGAUGAACAACACCAUCUCUGCACCAUAUUACAACACCCUAUCACCUCGCCCUACUCCCUGUACACACACGACUGUGUAGCCACUUCAGACUCCAACAACAUCAUGAAGCUUGCUGCCAACAGCUGUGGUGGGCCUGAUGACAGAUGACAGUGAAAAGGCAUACCUGAAAGAAGUUUAGGACCUGACCUGCAGGUGUCAGUACAACAACCUCCUCCUGAACAUCAGAGAGACCAGUGAGCCUGUCGUCAAGUUUGAAGAGAAGCCCCCUUAAUAUCAACGGAUCCUUGGUGGAGAUAACUUCAAGUACCUCAGUGUCCACAUCACCAAGGGCCUGACCUGGGCACUGAGGAAGCUCCUUCACCUCAGACGCCUGAGGAAAUUCUGGGUAUCCCCUGCACCAUCGAGAGCGUCCUGACGAACAUCACAGCCUGGUACAGAUACAGCAAAGAACACAUACUGAAUAGUCAGUGCUCUGCCAUUCCCAAAGGAUUUGUACACACCAGGCACUGUGGGAAUAAGGCCAGGAGAAUCAUUGAGGAUCCAAACCACCAGAUAACAGUCUUCUCUUGGGAAGAAGGUACCGUGAGAGGGUCAAGAAGAACUUCUACCUGCAGGCCACAAGGAUCCAAAAUGAGAUGUCAUUCGUCAACGACCGGCUGUACAAUGAAUUUGUGCGGCGGAAAAUGCCGACCUUUGUGGACAAAGUGGACGUGGGAGAAAUCAUAUACCAUCUACCGUGCCUGACAGCUCAUGACAGGGAACACAUUGAGGCGAGGAGACAGAAUCGUGGGAACCGUGAAGGCGUGGCGAUGCUUCUGGACUGUCUGAAGAGGAGAGAAAACUGGCCGGAGCAGUUCAUUGAGGCGCUCGAGGCGUGUGAGCAGUGGACCCUGGCAGCUGAGAUGAGAGCAAAGUACAACGCUCUGAGAGGCAUCAGACAGGCUGCUGUUGCUCCGCCAGCUAAAGCAUCAGCUCCUUCAGAGCCAGCUGCCCAAGUUCCUGAGGCUAUUUCCCCACCUGAGCCUGUCCCAGAGCCUCCACAGUCCACUCAGGCUGAAGUGGCACCUCCUCCAUCAACACCUCCUCCUUCCCCUGCCGCCCAGCACACUCAGCCCACUACACCCCCACCUCCUCAGAGGGAGACUAAUUCUCACCAGGAGCAGGUGGAGAACUCUGAAUCAGACAUCCAGAAUGUCUCUGCUGAUGAUGUUGUGAUCCCUGAUCAGGUGAGCGCAGGAAACAGAGAGGUAUCCAUCAGCUCUGUGGACGCUCCUCAACCAUCUCGUCCUGUUGAGCAGUGUGAAACACACACUGCGUCCCCAGAUCUUCUCCAAACAACAACCACCUCCACAGAGGUCAGUCCACCACAGAGUCCCUCUGCAUCUCAGAUGAACACCGAUGUGACCGAUGGAUCCUCUUUCCUGACCCUGACCCCAGAGAGGCCUCCAGUCCAAGACACCAGCCCUCCUGGGGACUUCAAAGCUGUCCUGCAGCCUGAAGAGACGUCUGAACCUGCACAGGUUGUUGAAAGCAGCCCACAGACAGAAGCUGCAGCGACCACCUCCCCUCCGCUUGGUGCUGCUGGGAUGGGUGCCCCUCUGUGUGAUGACAGCUCUGUGUGUCUGAGUAAACCUGGCCCACUCAUCAGCGUCCACCCACUAAAUCACAGCAGCCCUACGAUCCCUACACAAAGCUUGUCGGUGCCGCCCUACUCGGGUAAUACUGAGCGUCUGGAAAUAAGCAGUUCUGUGUCGGAUGCUGUGACAACUGCCCAGAGUUCUACAUGCUCCACUGUCAGCCCCACCACCAUGACUACAGCGUCUGCACCUCCAUGCCAGGAGACCGGCAUCGCUCUGAACCAUAAUGAACCGGAGGAAAACCACUAUGAGUCUCCACGUAACAGUUUGGGAAUGCAGUCAGUGCAGGAGCACGUGGGGCACGUAUCUGAGGAGCCGUCUAUCCUUAACCUCGACGGCCAAAACUUGACACCACAAGUUCCAGCUGUUGACAGUGAAGCAGCCAAAGAGAUGACCUCUGUUCCACCACUGUCCAACAACGCUGCUGAUACUGUACCGAGUGUAAACACCUCCUGCAGUGAGAACCACCACCCGUCUGAGUCUACACCCACUGAUCUGUCAGCAGAGCCGAAGACACUGCAGGAUUCAGAGGACAAGAUGGCCUGUCGCACCCUGACACCUAAUACAAAGUACAUUCUGAUCGCUGCAGGAGUGGGCGCCUGUGCACUGCUGAUGGCGUGGAGGUUUAAGCAUUAAGGGGAAGAUUUGGCUUUAAGGCUUUUUAAAGAGGAUCUUAAGGUUAUGGUGCCUUAUUGUAGUCACUGGACUGGGAUGGCGUGAGGCAGCUGUUUAAUAAUUACCAUGUCGUUGAUUACGAGUAGGGGUGCUGGGAUAUUGUCAAUAACCAUGAUUUUUAAAAAUGAAAUACUGAUAUCAUGGUAAAAAAUACACAGAUCAUAUUGUGUAAACAA